AUGGAGACAACCACUCCAGUCUCGCCAUUCUACGAUGCUUACACAUACUACGAGUCUUCCCCAUACUCUCUUCCAAGCGCAUGGGAAAAGCACACUCCCCCUCCCCCCGAGGCGUCAAAGAAGCGCAAGCCCACCCACGACGACAAAGGAGCAGAGCCACAUGCCAACACGAAGCGGGCGAAACUUUCUUCAUCUCAUGCAAACGUUCUUCACGCCGAUCAGGCAAAGCCAGCAGCCCAAGCACUUAGCCUAGCAAACCCCCAAAAGGCCUGGCUACCCACCGUCCUUAAUCCAACACAGUCAUUCACGCCCCCCUCACCAGCAAAAUCUCCCCACUCCAUCAAAAGCGCCCUCGCACCUCAACAACCCCAUUCCCCAUUCCCACGCUGGAUAGCAGAAAAACAGCGCAAGCAACACACUUUCGACGGGUGCAUAGACGUGAUCCUUUCAGACAUGCAGGAGGACAGCGAACUCGAGGAUGCGAUAGUGCGGUCGUGGGAGGUAGCUGUGGACCGCCGGGCGGUGCGGAAGAGGGCAAGGGCAAUGGUGCUUAAGACGCCGUGUCCGGAGUAUAUGGCGGGUGUGUUGACACGAUGGAACCACAUGGACACGUCGAGAGAGGGAGCGAAGCAAGCGCAGAACAAGAAACAGCCAUCAGAGGGCCCAACACCAGAGUGCAUCAACCCGAUCAACCAACGUAUCCAGUAG